GGAAAACGCGACGCGUUUCGGGGACCCUUCGCGCGCCGUCCCUGCGACCCUCUCGAGCCCCGAACUUGUGGAUUCAGUGAUUCCGAUAAUUAGUCGUUAUCCCCUCGGUUACCGUCCUGAGUUUGAACGGGGAUUCGGAUUGCGAGGACUGUCCUUCAAUUCGACGAUGCGUAAUGUGAGCCCAAAAAAUAUUCCUCUUUCCUGGAACCACGAACCCAAGUGUCAUCUGUCCUGAUUCAGGGUGUAAUUUCACUGCGUUCGAGUGUCGUAAAACACGAGUGUACCUUCCGUGUGAGGUGUAAUUUCAUCCAAUUACUCACUUAAUUCGAUUACACACUCCUCACUUUCGGUCGACCGAUUCCCGCAACAUUGAACAACUUCACGCUGUUGCAUCUGAUGGUUGAUUGCUGCGCAGCAAAGGACCAACUUUCCAUUAGCAGACUUUGACGUGUUGUGAAUUCUGUCGUAGACAGUUUUUAAUCAUCUCUUCCUACUUCCAGUGACUGCCUGAUCCACUUACUUAAGUAGUCGGAUUUAUUUUUCAGUGCUAUUUAGUGUAGAAUCGAUUUUUGACCACUUUACGAAAAGUUUCAAUGCCUUGCGUGAGUGUUCAGUAUCAGAUUCGAGGUUUCCUGUCUGAGGAAUACGUAUGGUCGCGCUGAGGUCGGCUCGGCGCCCAGAUCGGAGUGAUAUCUGCGAGCGGAAAUAGGCGAGCGGGAGCCGCCAUGGACGGAGAGAGGGGAGGCGGACCCCCUCGCACCCCCGCCACCACCCCCGUCGGCUGACACCCAAGCGCGGAUGCCGCCCGAAAUGAUAGACAAAUGUGUGUCAACAGAUAACGAUUUCACAAUUCAGGUCGGAGAUUUUGACUCGGAGUGUGUCGGAAGCCCCCAAUGGAAAGUUCUCCAGUUGCGGAACUUAUUGAUCGAGCUGGUCAACAGCAAGGGGAUCAGCAAUUACGACAAAAAAUACAGCCACGCACUCCACCGCUCUUCAGUUGACAGCUCGUCCGAUAGCUCGUCCAUCGAUCUAUCGAAAGCCAAGAAGAAGCGUCAUGAACCGGAGCCGGAGCGCGAGCACGGGCAUCAUCACCACCACCAUCGCCAUCAUCAUCAUCACCAUCACAGCCAUGUGUGCAAGGAGCGGCGCCGGGCGAAGCAGGCGCGGGCCCAGCAGGCGCGGGCCCAGCAGGCGCGGCAGGUCCGAGCCAGCUCCGUGGUCAAGGUCCGCCGCUGGUCCGAGGAGCUCCCGCCGGAGCCGCCCCAGCUCGUCCUCGAGAGGGCGCCCUCCCCCGAGACCCCCCGCCCCGGAGCCGGGGCGCCCACCAUCCAGGGGGAGUUCACCAUCGAGCGGCAGCCCCCCGACCUCGAGGCCCUCGACCUGGCGCAAGGCGACGCCCUCCAGCCGCAGCACCCGUUAUACAUAGAGGUGGAGAUCGAGGGUAAGGAGCGCGACGCGGAGGCGGUGGAGGAGCCGGAGAUCGUGAUCCUACCGGAGCGUCGUAGGCGGCGGCGGAGGCGGAGAAGGAGGCGGAGGGUGGAACGAGAGAGGGGCCCGAGCAAGAUCGACCCCGAGGACCUGCCAAAACGUGCCCGCUGGACCAUCAUCAUCACCGCCGGUCUUCUCCUCAUGACCUGCAUGCUCCUCGUCGGCAUCACCCUCAGGAUGGCCCCUAUCAUCGAUCAGAUCGUGUUGACUCAAAAUGAAGAACUGCUGAAUUCUAUAACCAGGCAAGAUUCAUCCCCUCCAAACAAAACUAGUUCAUGAUACUUUGGCUCAACUGAGGACAAUCCUCUACAAGUUUUGAUGCUUGCUUUCUUACACAGGUAAGGAACUUUAAAAAAAUAAAAAUUGGAUCAUCAUUUUUAAAUCACUGAUAUAUUUUAAAAGGCGAAUGCAUCAUGGAAAAUAAAUCUAAUUUAAUUAAAAUACAUGAAAUCACUUUAAUUUGUUUGUUAUUUCAGACUUUUAAGUUGAAAAAUAGAGGCUCUCCUUCACCAGCAGACUCCACAAUAAACUCUCAGCCCUCAAGCGCAGUCUUUUAAAUUUAUUAAACUAAAACUGAGCUAUAGUUCUCCUCAGAAUUUACGGCCGCUAAUUAUUUGUAAUUAGCAUUUAAUUUUUUUCAACGAAUUAAAUUCCAGGCGCAA